GAGAAGAGGGAGUUGUCCAACAGCUAGAGGAGAGUUGUUGCUGAAUGUUACUGAGGGAUGCAGCUCUGAAGGCGUCCACAUAUGUUGCCGAGGUGAUUUUUGUCUGAGUGUUUUGCUUUCAUCCCUGAGUGGGACUGCUGGCACUGCUCUCCUCCUACACAACAACUUUGACUUCAGUAACUUAACUUCAGUUCGUUUGAUCGGCGUCCCCCCCCCGCUCUGGGUCCCGCAGAGGAGGAUGGAGACGAGCCCCAUCCCGGUGGUGACGGUCCAAACCGCCCCCUUCGACGACCAGCGGCCCGGUACCAACGGGCUGCGCAAGAAGACGGCGGUGUUCGAGGGCAAGAAGAACUACCUGCAGAACUACAUCCAGAGCGUGUUGUCCUCCAUCGACCUGCGGGACCGACAGGGCUGCACCAUGGUGGUGGGCAGCGACGGCCGCUACUUCAGCCGAGCUGCCACCGAGGUGAUAGUGCAGAUGGCAGCUGCCAACGGGAUUGGUCGUCUGGUAAUCGGUCACAACGGCCUCCUGUCCACCCCUGCUGUUUCCUGCAUCAUCAGGAAGAUCAAGGCCAUUGGUGGGAUCAUCCUCACAGCUAGUCACAACCCCGGAGGCCCCGCUGGAGACUUUGGAGUCAAGUUCAAUGUGGCAAAUGGAGGCCCGUCUUCGGACUUAGUGAUGGAGAGGAUCUACCAGGUGAGCCGGACGCUCGAGGAAUAUGCAAUCUGCCCCGAUCUCCGCAUUGACCUGUCCAGACUGGGAAGACAAGAGUUUGACCUGGAGAACAAGUUCAAACCUUUCAGAGUGGAGAUCGUAGACUCAGUUGAUGUGUAUCUACAACUGCUGAGAAGCAUCUUUGACUUCAGUGCCAUUAAAAGUCUUCUGACAGGACCAGAUCAGCUCAAGAUACACAUAGAUGCGAUGAACGGAGUGAUGGGCCCCUAUGUACGCAGGAUCCUGUGUGAUGAGUUGGGAGCUCCUGCUAACUCUGCUGUCAACUGUGUCCCCCUGGAGGACUUUGGUGGCCGACCCCCAGAGCCCAACCUGACUUAUGCCACCUCUCUGGUAGAUGCCAUGAAAGGAGGGGACUUUGGUUUUGGAGCUGCUUUUGAUGCAGAUGGGGACCGGUACAUGAUCCUUGGAGAAAACGGCUUCUUUGUGAACCCGGCAGACUCAGUGGCCAUCAUGGCCGCCAACCUCUCCACCAUCCCCUACUUCAGACAGCUGGGAGUCAAGGGCUUUGCCAGGAGUAUGGCCACCAGCACUGCCCUCGACAGGGUUGCCAAAGCCAUGAAACUGGCGCUGUAUGAGACUCCCACGGGCUGGAGGUACUUCGGGAACCUGAUGGAUUCUGGGCGUUGUUCCCUCUGCGGGGAGGAGAGCUUUGGGACAGGUUCAGACCACAUUCGUGAGAAAGAUGGUCUGUGGUCGGUGUUGAUGUGGUUGUCCAUCUUAGCCGCCAGGAAACAGGGUGUGGAGCAGAUUGUCAGGGAACACUGGGCCAAGUUUGGACGUAACUACUUCUGCAGGUUCGACUACGAAGGCCUGGACCCGCGUGCAGCCUUUUACCUGAUGAGGGAUCUGGAGUCAGUUAUCUCAGACAAAGCAUUCACCAGCCAGAAGUUUGCCGUGGGAGACCACAUGUACAGCGUGGAGAGGGCCGACAACUUUGAGUACAUCGACCCCGUGGAUGGAACAGUGGCUCGAAACCAGGGUUUAAGGAUCGUCUUCACUGAUGCGUCCCGCCUAGUGUUUCGGAUGAGCGGGAGCGGUGGAGGGACGGGUGCUACCAUCCGCAUUUACGCCGAGAGCUUCGAGAGAGACCCCGAGAGACACAACAGAGAGACCCAGGUGGUGCUGGGUCCUCUCAUCGCCAUCGCCCUGAAGAUCUCCAACGUCCAUGAGAGGACAGGGCGCCGCGGCCCUAACGUCAUCACAUGAGCCACCAGGAAAACACACACAAACACACACACAUGCAUUUAGCUGCUCACACAUACAAAAAAAUACCCUUUCCCUUACUUAUUUGCUAUUCUUUUAAAUCCCUUCUCUGAAGCUUCACAGUCAUUUUUUCCUUAUUUCUUCAAAUGAUGACUUAAAUGAGGGUUCUUAUCUCUCAAAAAGAAAGCACAGUGUUCUCAUAUUUGUUUGUUGAACGCUAUCAUCUGUCAGCUAUCGAAACCGUAGAAUAUUCAGUGUCCAAACCAUGCAGGCAAUUUAAUUAAUUCCAUGAAUAAAUAAUAGAAAUAACAGCAAAACUAUUAUGAAUGUGCAGACUGACUGUUCAUUUUUGUGGCUUGCAGUUAUCAAGACUUAUUAACUAAAGGAGCCUGAGAUAUUUUUUUUAUUCACCGUGCUGUUUUUGUAUAACAGUUCAGUGUUUGCUUGUCAUAUUGCUUGUACCUGUCCUCUCAUAUAUGUCAUAUUUUCAACCAUUUAAUGCAGAAGUAAUCAAACUUUUGUUUGUUUUGUCUAAAAUAAAACAGGCAUUGCAUCACAACUAAUAUAUCAGUGAAUUGACUUACAGUUAGUUUGUGUUUGACCUGAAAUGAAUGUUAAUGCAUAUCUUGCUGGUGGGAAUUAGUCAGACUUGUGUUUACUACCUUGGGAGAGAUUCUCAAAAUGUAAAAUAACAAAAUAGCAAAUGAGGACACAGGUAAUGAAAAAUAUUAAAUAUAUAUUUUUGAUUUGUUUGCUAAUCUGGCUUUUGCUUUAAUUUGUAAGUUUAGGCCUUUGGCAAUGACAUAUAACAAUAUUUGAAUAUAUUAUAAUCUUUUUUUUUUUAUCCAAAUAAACUUUUUUUGU